GCGACAAAACCCAAGUCAAGCGUAAGAACUUCAAAACGAAGAACCAGUCAUCGUUAAGGUUGAAUCUGUGAACGCUUCGGUCUAUUCUCUUCGUCUCCGGUGUCUCCCGUCGCCGGUUUACUUCGCUGCUACGAAACCGUUUUCUCUCAGAACGAGAAUGGACUUGAUGGAGGCUUCGAUUCUACUUCAUGUGGGAAUUGUGCUUCUUUUGCUGUGGAUACUCUCUUCAUUCAAUUGUUGCCACCCAAUCGCCUACUUUCUCUCCCUAAUCUAUCUCUAUCUGAUUUAUGAGCGAUAUGAUAUGAGAUUGCGGAGGAAAAUCCAAUUUGAGGAAAGAAGAAAGUCUAGUCGAAGAAGGGCACUUUUUGAGUCCGAAACAGUGCGUUGGUUAAACAAUGCUGUUGAAAAAAUCUGGCUUGUUUGUAUUGAGCAGAUUAUUUCCCAGAAAAUUCUCCUCCCUAUCAUACCUUGGUUCUUGCAGAAGUACAAGCCGUGGACCGUGAAGAAAGCUGUGGUUCAGCAUCUGUAUAUGGGAAGAUCUCCACCUAUUUUCACUGAAAUGAGGGUUAUUCGUCAACCUAAUGAUGACGACCACUUGGUUUUGGAAUUGGGAAUUAAUUUUCGUGCUGCGGAUGAUAUGAGUGCAAUACUUGCUGUAAAACUGAGGAAAAGAUUGGGUUUAGGAAUGCGGACAAAGUUGCAUUUGAUGGGCAUGCACAUUGAAGGAAAGGUCUUGAUUGGGUUGAAGUUCCUUCACAAGUGGCCCUUCCUUGGUCGUCUGCGUGUCUGCUUUGCGGAGCCUCCAUAUUUUCAGAUGGUUGUGAAACCUCUUUUCACGCGUGGCCUUGAUGUUACAGAACUUCCUGGGAUCGCUGGAUGGCUGGAUAAGCUUCUGGCCCUUGCCUUUGAGGAAACACUUGUUGAGCCCAAUAUGCUGGUGGUUGAUGUGGAAAAAUUUGCUUCACCCUCACCCCAGCCAGAAAGUUGGUUCUCUGUUGAUGCGAAAGAUCCCAUUGCCCAUGCGAUGGUGGAAGUUGUUGAAGCAUCUGAUAUGAAGCCAUCAGACCCAAAUGGGUUGGCUGAUCCUUAUGUGAAAGGGCAACUUGGCCCUUACAGAUUUAGGACUAAGCCGCAAAGGAAGACACGGACUCCAAAAUGGAAUGAGGAAUUCAAGAUCCCCAUCUUUACAUGGGAAUCACCUAAUGUGCUUGCUAUCGAAGUGUGUGACAAGGACCAUUUUGUCGAUGAUUCACUGGGAGAUUGCUCCAUGAACCUCAGUGAUUUUAGAGAUGGUGAGAGGUAUGACAUGUGGUUGUCUCUUGCGAGCAUCAAAAUGGGGAGAUUACAUCUUGCAAUAACUGUAGUUGAAGCCAAUGGAAAGGUAGUUUUUUCCCUCAAAGUUGUUUCUGAAGCACUCAUUUCCAAUGUUAUCGGAAACCAAAUGGCACUGCUUUGAAUCCUAGAACUCAUGGGGACAGAUCAACCAUGUGAUGGGGAAACGAUAAACGAGUACAAGAGAUAUUCCUUUGCAACUGAUAAUGCGGAGAAAGGUUCCUUCUUGCCUGAAUCAUCAAAGAAGUCUCCAAAAGAGAUAAACUUGAACUCAUUGACAUUGAAGGGCAAGGAGAGACUGGAAUAUGGGUCAAUCAUCCAGGGAGUGAAGUUGCACCAGCAUCUGCGACUAGAAAAGGGAAGAGUAGGCUCCUUGAUACACACAUUCCAGGGGAGGCUAGUGAUUCCAUUGCCACACCCCUGGGUGGAUCUCAAGUGAAUGACAGCAGCAGCACUGAUGAGAGUUUGGAGUAUAAUAAAGAACCACAAACGAAUCCAGUUAGGCGGGGCUUGCAGAAGAUCAUUUCGGUAUUUCACAGGAGCCCAAGACAGCACGGUAAAUCCAGCAGCAUCGAAGUGUCAGUUCCAUCCUCACAUUCUAACCUUAGGAAUCUUAAGGCAGUUAAUGCAAAGGAGAUUGGAGUCAAGUUUAUAGUGGAGGACGACUCUUCUGAUGAAGAAUCUCUUUCAUCAUCAGACCAAACUGUCAGAGUUGAACCUAUUUCAGCUGAUUUCGAUCCCAUAUCUGGUGUUGGUAAUAGAUCUUGUAAGUCCAAGGAACUCACAGUAGACACAACUCCAAGUGAACCUGCAAUGAAUUCUGCAGAACACGAAGAACGAUAAUAUCGAAACCUUGCUGAGGAUAGAUUAUCAUCCAUCAGACGGCUCUGGGAGGUAAGAUGGAUUGGUUGAGAGGCUCUCAAACAAUAAGCUUUCAUAGUGAAAUUUGGUAUUUAGAUAAAUGAUUAAGUUUUUUGCUUAUAUUGUCAAUAAGUUUAAGUACAGGUUAGUCCACUUGUGAUUGAAUUUGCAUAGAAGUUUUAGAGUGAUAAUAGGUUUACGCAGUUACAUAUUUGUUGUAUUGUUUGUAAAUCAUUGAAUAGGGAGGGAGUCUCGAACCAUUUAAUGGUUAGUUAAAUCUUGUACCGCUUAUGUCAAUUGUUGUGUCAUAUUUUUCACAUGGAUGGUUGGUUGGUCACUGCAACAUAGUUUUGCG